CCCUUACGCAAGAUGGCGGCUAAAAGUUUCGCUUCCCGCCUCCGGGCUUCCCGGCGCUUUCUGACCGGCUUCGCGGCGGGAGCCGCGGUGGGCGCAGUGGGCGCGGGGCUCACUGCCAUCCGGCUUCUGCGGCGUCGGGGUGCGGAGUCGGCGCGGGCGGGGGAGCCCGAGGGUCCUGUAGAAAAGGCUGUCUUGGAACAAUUUGGAUAUCCUCUGACUGGAACAGAGAUUAGGUGCUACACUAAUCAUGCCUUGUCUUAUGAUCAGUCAAAGCGAGUGCCUAGAUGGGUUCUUGAACAUAUUUCUAAAAACAAGAUAACGGGUGACGCAGAUAGAAAACAUUGUAAAUUCAAGCCUGAUCCCAACAUCCCUCGAAGCUUCAGCGCCAUCAACCAGGACUAUGUGGGAAGCGGCUGGUCACGAGGACACAUGGCUCCCGCGGGAGAUAACAAGUUCUCACCCAAAGCCAUGGCUGAAACCUUUUACCUUUCGAAUAUCGUGCCUCAGGAUUUUGAUAAUAAUGCUGGAUAUUGGAACAGGAUAGAAAUGUAUUGUCGGGAACUGACAGAGAGAUUCGAAGAUGUUUGGAUAGUGUCUGGACCAUUGACCUUACCUCAGACUGGAAGUAACGGAAAGAAGAUCGUUAGUUACCAGGUGAUUGGCGAGGACAACGUGGCGGUGCCCUCACACCUUUACAAGGUGAUCUUGGCUCGCAGAAGCCCAGCCUCCACUGAGCCGCUGGCACUGGGGGCCUUUGUGGUGCCCAACGAAGCCAUUGGUUUCCAGCCCCAGCUGAGUGACUUCCAAGUGAGUCUUCAGGACCUGGAGAAGAUGUCGGGACUGGUGUUCUUCCCUCAUUUGGACAGAACUAGUGAGAUCAGGAAUAUCUGCUCUGUGGAUACCUGUAAGCUCUUGGACUUCAAAGAGUUCACUCUGUACCUGAGCACAAGAAAGGUUGAGGGGGCCCACUCAGUACUCAGACUGGAAACGGUCAUGGAGAACUUGAAGAAGGCAGGGGUUGAGCCUGAUGAUUACUUUAUGAAGUGCUACACGAAGAGACUCCAAGAGCUCCAGGCUAAGGAGCAGCCAGAAAGCCAGGAGAGGAAGCCAUCUUAAUCUUCAUCUCAGGGCUGGCAAAAUAGCUCCCUUGUGCAAACCCAGCCCUCCUGCCUUGAAGGAGGCUUCAGUACUGUGGUGCCUUCCCUCUCUCUGCAUCUCUGCCUAAAAAAAGAAAGGAAAAAAAAAUACCCAGUCUCAGGUGAUACUUGGUAUUAUCUGCAACGAAGCACGCGUACACUCUUCACGCUACUGCAGUUUGGUGGACUUGCUGUAAGGGGUGAUGGAGUGAACUAGGAGCAGUUCACUUGUUAAAGUUACACUUAACCACGUGUAAGGGCCUGGGUUCGAGCCCCCAGUCACCACACAGGAGCACCUGCACAGCAGAAGCUUCUGUUGUGCAUGCCUGUGGGGCCAUGGGGUUGAACUCAGCGCCCCACACAUAGUGAGGCACGUGUGGUACUUGCUGAGUUACCACGUGGCCCCUGGGAACACAUGCUCUUAACCAGGAGCCCCACUACGCAGCUCCCUCCCCUGACCCCUGGAGUCCUAGAUUUAAGGCUAAAAUCCCCCCCCCCCCAAGAGACCUGCCAUUUUUGUUCAGUGUUUUAUUUGAUAUGAGGACUAAUUAUUAAGGAAAGUGACGUAUGUGAUCUUGUGUUAAGUUAACAAGAACUGUGACCACAAGAUGACACCGUGUCCGUGUCCAUGUCCUGGAUGUAUAGUAUGUGAAGGCAUCUUCCUUUUGUGCCUUAUGAAUUUUGCAGUGUCUUUGAUGUGUCUGCCCAGCCUCCUUGGGAGUCAGUAGCGUGUUUUCUUUCCCUAGGACUCGAGUUGUUUGCCUCUCAGCAAGCCUCUGUCAGUGGUUCUGUACGUGUUACAUGCUGGGUCUUGUAUUCCUUCACAUAUGCCAAAUAGAAACAGCCAUCAAACUGUC